AUGCGCAGUCCUCCCGACAGAAGUAUAGCAAACAACGACGACGACGAUGCUUUGAGGAUAUCAAGAAGAAGUCAAGUCAUGCCCUCCUGGUCCAUCCAUAUCCUAUCGAUAGCGCUAUGCUUGUCAUCGGGAUUCCAACAAGGAUACAUCGCUUCUGUGCUCAAUCAGCCCUACGCUCAAAUUGAGCAAUUCAUCAACUCGUCGUGGAUAGAACGGACGGGACACCCGAUUUCGGAUUCUACACUUCAUUUAUUAUGGUCACUACUCAACGUCUGCUUCCCGAUCGCCACCAUUUUUGGACAAUUUUUGGCAGGAUGGAUGUGCAGCCAGUUUGGAAGAAAGUACACCGCGUUGAUUGCCUCGUUUCUUUAUAUCCCCGGAGCGAUCCUCUGCGCUGCUGCCAAAUGGUGCUUCCCUGCUUUCGAGCUCUUGUUCGUUGGCAGAAUCAUCUGGUCGCUUGCCAACGGAGUGAAUACGGUGAACGCCACUGUCUGGAUUGUUGAAUGUGCGCCACCGCAAAUCCGUGGUCGAAUGGCAGCUAUGCAGGAGUUCUUCAUGGCUCUUGGCUCACUGCUAACCCAGGCUGUAGGCGUGCCAUUCUCUACUGACGAGCUCUGGCCUUACAAUUUUUUGCCAAACUGCGCUGUGGUGCUGGUGUCGAUGGUGAUGUUCUGGUGGGUCGCCGAAUCGCCGCAAUUCAUCAUGGAGAAGUACAACGAUGUGGAGAGAGCGAGAAAGGCGUUGGCACAGUAUCACGGAGUGUCUGAAGACGAUCCAUCGGUGGAAGCGGAGAUGAGAAUUUGUGAGCAAAGUAUCGGAAAGAACAAGGAGAAGAAGAAGACAGCGGGAGGUAUUGAAACGUCGCACACCGGAAUGGAGAUCAUGUUCAUGCCAUGGCGUGCCAAGGAUCAAACCUCUCGUCUCAUCAGAUAUUGCGCCUGGGUUGGAGUCAUGGUCAAAAUCGCCUACGUAUUCACCGGCGCCCGUUCUCUCCGCGGCUACAGCACCUUCAUUCUCUACACUCUCUCCAACUUCACCUACGCUCAAGCCACGUGGCUUUCUUUUGCCACUGGUCUUCUACGUCUUCCAUUCACACUUGUACCAGUGUUCCUGGUGGAUCGACUCGGUCGUCGACCACUGAUUGUUGUCUCGAUGCUCGUCUCGUUUAUCUCACUUCUCGCGAUGAUCGUUGCAAUCGAUAUUGGUGGAGAGUGGAAGUACGCCACCUUCAUCGGUCUCACCGUCCUUCUUCUUAUCAACACCUGUGGUAUCGGAUCCGUAUCCCGGUUCUACGCAGCUGAGCUGGUUCCCCGGAAUCUGCUGCUCUCCUCGGUUUCCACGUUGACAAUGUUCGAAGCGCUCACCAAAAUCGGUGUGGAGUUCGCGUUUUAUCCAACUGCCAAUGUGAUUGGCGCCCAAUCGCUCCUCCUCUUCCUCGUCCCCACCGGAAUCUUCACCCUCAUGUGCUACUUUAUGUGCCCAGAAACGAGUCGAAUGACUGUCAACGAGGUGCUCAACAACGUGGCAGCCAAGAAGAAAAUGGACGUCGUCUUCCCAAUGUAA